AUGACAGCAUAUUUCUUCAUAGUAGCACAACAUUCUGGUAAGGUUCUCGACGUUUACCAGGGCUCUACCGAAGCAUCCGCAAAGAUCAUCCAAUACACAAAGAAAUCUACUGACUUUGAUAACCAGCUCUGGUCUUUCGAUAAUGAUGGAUACAUCUAUAACAAGAAAUCCGGUCUCGUACUCGAUGUCACUGGAAGCAACAUCCAGGAUUCGACACCAAUCAUUCAAUAUCAAAAGCAUCCCGAUCAACCUGGUAAUCAGCAGUGGGUCUACAGUGAUACGGAUAAUACCAUCAGCUUGAAAUCUAAUUCAAAUUAUGUCCUUGACGUUACAGGAUCAAGCCAAGAUGAUGGAACUCCGAUCAUCUUAUACCAUAAAACAGGAAACCCUAACCAACGAUUCACUUUGCAUUAUUAUGCAACGAUUUAA